AAAAGGAAUCUUUUUUCUCUCAUUUCUUUUAAUUCCCCAAAAAGGAAAAACAAACAUUUCCUUUUUUCCUUUUCUUUCUCCUUUUUGCCGUCACACUCAGCCUGCCGGAGCACACAAUGGCCGGUGACAAUAAGGAAAUGUCUGCUCCUGUACUUGAUGGAAAUGAAGCGCAAGCUGGUCACAUCAUAUCAACGACUAUUGGAGGCAAGAAUGGAGAACCGAAACAGACUGUUAGUUACAUGGCAGAGCGCAUUGUAGGUACAGGAUCCUUUGGAACAGUUUUCCAGGCGAAAUGCAUAGAAACUGGAGAAACUGUUGCUAUAAAAAAAGUAUUGCAAGACAAAAGAUACAAGAACCGUGAGCUGCAGUUAAUGCGUACGAUGGACCAUCCAAAUGUCGUUUCUUUAAAGCAUUGCUUCUUUUCAACUACAAGCAGAGACGAGCUUUUUUUAAACCUAGUGAUGGAGUAUGUCCCAGAGACAAUGUAUCGAGUUUUAAAGCAUUAUAACAAUCUACACCAGGGCAUGCCGCUCAUUUAUGUGAAACUUUACACGUAUCAAAUCUUUAGGGGUCUGGCAUACAUGCAUACCGUUGCUGGAGUCUGCCAUAGGGACUUGAAACCUCAGAAUGUUUUGGUUAACCCAGAUACUCACCAAGUUAAGAUCUGUGAUUUUGGAAGUGCAAAAAUGCUAGUGCGGGGAGAAGCAAAUAUAUCAUACAUAUGCUCACGUUUCUAUCGGGCACCAGAACUCAUCUUUGGUGCCACAGAAUACACGACCUCAAUCGAUAUUUGGUCUGCUGGUUGCAUUCUUGCUGAACUUCUUCUGGGACAGCCACUUUUCCCUGGCGAAAAUGCAGUGGAUCAGCUUGUGGAGAUUAUCAAGGUUUUAGGCACACCAACUCGCGAAGAAAUCCGUUGUAUGAAUCCAAACUACAAUGAUUUUAGGUUUCCUCAAAUAAAGGCUCACCCUUGGCACAAGGUUUUCCAUAAGCGAAUGCCUCCUGAAGCAAUUGAUCUUGCUUCCCGUCUCCUACAGUAUUCCCCAAAUCUUCGCUGCAGUGCUCUUGAGGCCAUAGCACAUCCAUUCUUUGAUGAGGUACGGCAACCUAAUGCUCACUUACCAAAUGGUCAACCAUUACCCCCGCUCUUCAACUUCAAACAAGAGUUAUUCGGAGCGUCUCCAGAGCUUGUUAACAGGUUAAUCCCAGAUCAUAUGAAGAAGCAAAUGAAUUUACAGCUUCCGCAACCUGCAGUGAUAUAGAGAUAAGAGGAAAGCUGAUUCAGGAGAUGUGAACAUAGGCGUAUUAAAACUUCUUUCUUUGUAUGUGUCUCUAUGUAUCGGCUAACAGGAGCAAAGAAACGAAGGUGCUUUUGUAUAUUUUUCUUUUUUUUGGGAUGGGAAACUUUGUUCCUUGGAGAUCAAAGUUAUGCUUUUAGCUAGAUCUAUAUAUAUAUAUAUAUAUAUGGAGGAGAGAAGGUAGGAUUGAAAGUUUUGGUUGUUUCUUGCUGCUAUUCCAUUUGUAGGUAUGCAUACAACUAUGUUGUUUUUGUUUUUACUUUUUUCAGUGGAUGUUAUGUUUAACUUAAGUAUGUAAAUACCCUUUGAAACCCUAUUGUUGAAA